UAACGAUUGAUGCCGGGGUACUCAGCUGGACUUGGGCGUGGGGGUAGCGUGUUCGUGCGUAGAGAAAACGCUCACGUUUUCGAGGAAGCAGCGCAAUCCGAGUGGAAUUGAAAUCCAAUCCUCUCUCGUCCCUCUGAUUUUAAUUCUCUGAUCGCUCGCUGUGAAGUAAGGAAUCAUGGGCAACACGGAGAAGUUGAUGAACCAGAUCAUGGAAUUGAAAUUCACCUCCAAGUCCCUUCAACGCCAAGCCCGUAAAUGCGAGAAGGAAGAGAAAUCCGAGAAGCUUAAGAUCAAGAAAGCCAUGGAGAAAGGGAACAUGGACGGCGCUCGCAUCUACGCUGAGAACGCCAUCCGAAAGCGAACCGAGCAGAUGAACUAUCUGCGCCUCGCCUCUCGGCUUGACGCCGUCGUGGCUCGGCUUGAUACUCAAGCCAAGAUGAGCACCAUCAACAAGUCCAUGGCUAACAUCGUCAAGUCUCUCGAGUCCUCCUUGGCCACCGGGAAUCUCCAGAAGAUGUCCGAGACCAUGGACUCCUUUGAGAAGCAGUUUGUGAAUAUGGAGGUUCAAGCUGAGUUCAUGGAGAGCGCCAUGGCUGGAUCCACCUCGCUUUCCACUCCUGAAGGCGAAGUCAACAGCUUGAUGCAGCAGGUCGCCGAUGAUUAUGGCCUCGAGGUCUCGGUAGGUCUGCCGCAGCCUGCAUCUCACGCGGUGCCGACUAAGGAGACGGAGAAGGUCGACGAGGAUGACUUGUCUAGGCGACUUGCUGAGCUUAAGGCUAGAGGUUAAGAUCGAUUUUUUAUCAUUAGGGUGAUGGGUAUCAUUUGUGAAUGCGAUACAAUAUAAACUACGCAAUCAUACUUGAGUUUUUCUCAUUUUUAUAAUAAUGAGAAUGAGUGAUUUAUGUAUAUUAAACAGAAUUACGCUCUAAGCUGUUAAUUUGCACUGUAUUUAGGGAUGAUCUCUUUGCAUUAUGCCAAUCCCAGUUGUUACUCAUACUUAUUAACGGUGGCCAUGUGAAAUUUUUAGAUUCGUUUCUUGAAUCGAGAUAUAGAUUAUGUAGA